UGUACAUGUUUAGAAGAUGAAAGCUGCAUACUGGCAUUAUUUAAACUGUGGUGUUCCUGCGUUUUCGCUAUUUAUAUGCUUAAUUUAACAGCAAUGCCAUCUAUGAGCCAACGCAUAUUACGCUGCACGGGCGGGCUCCAGCGCAUCUCGCACUUAACUCUUUAGUUACAAGAGGUUACAGACGAAUAAGGGCUUCGGAACCUUUGACUCGCGAGCAGCAGUCGAUUCAGCACCGCUCGAGUGGACAGCGACUUCUUGAGCGUUCAAUAAAUAAUGUCUCAGCAGCUCAAAUAGAAUGGAUCCACUCGGAAAACGACAGGCAACACUGCCUGUCGCCUGGACACGUUUAUAGGACAGUCACAUGAAUUAAGACGAACGAAAUGGAUAAACCAUCCGCGGGAAUGAGUCAAGUUGGCUCUCGGUCGACAGCCUCUCUCCCCCCGGAACCUGCGGAUAUUAUACGGAGUAUGUCGUGCUACCGGCGGGUCAAACUGAACGUCGGCGGUCUGCCUCAUGAGGUUCUAUGGAGAACCCUGGACCGACUGCCGCGAACGCGACUGGGCAAGUUAUGCGACUGCAAGACCCACGACGCACUCAUGGACAUAUGCGACGACUACAACUUGGACGACAACGAGUACUUUUUCGACCGGCACCCAGGAGCGUUUACGUCUAUACUAAACUUUUACCGCACUGGGAAGUUGCACAUGAUGGAGGAAAUGUGCGCCCUGUCCUUCAGCCAAGAGUUGGACUACUGGGGUGUGGAUGAGAUCUACCUGGAGUCGUGUUGCCAGGCACGCUACCAUCAAAAGAAAGAACAAAUGAACGAGGAACUUAAAAGGGAGGCCGAUACUCUGAAAGAUAGGGAAGGAGAAGAGUACGAUAACACAUGCUGUUCAGAGAAAAAAAAGAAACUCUGGGACCUACUAGAGAAACCAGGAUCAUCCGUAGCGGCCAAGAUCUUGGCCAUCAUCUCUAUUCUUUUCAUUGUCCUCUCAACUAUUGCUUUGUCCUUGAACACCCUCCCGGAGCUGCAAGACACAGACGAGUUUGGUCAGACAACAGAUAAUCCACAGCUGGCCCAUGUGGAGGCAGUGUGCAUCGCUUGGUUUACCAUGGAAUAUCUUCUUCGCUUCCUUUCCUCACCAAACAAGUGGAAAUUCUUCAAAGGUCCCCUCAACGUCAUCGACUUGCUGGCAAUUUUACCAUAUUACGUCACCUUAUUCUUGACAGAGUCCAACAAGAGUGUGUUGCAGUUCCAGAAUGUCCGAAGGGUAGUGCAGAUCUUCAGAAUCAUGCGAAUACUGCGCAUCCUCAAACUGGCACGUCACUCCACUGGGUUGCAGUCCUUGGGUUUCACACUGCGACGGAGUUACAAUGAGCUUGGCCUGCUUAUCCUCUUCUUGGCCAUGGGGAUCAUGAUCUUUUCCAGUCUAGUUUUCUUUGCAGAAAAAGAUGAGGAUGACACCAAGUUCAAGAGCAUCCCCGCCUCUUUCUGGUGGGCCACUAUUACCAUGACCACUGUGGGAUAUGGAGACAUUUACCCCAAGACGCUUUUGGGUAAAAUAGUUGGUGGACUCUGCUGCAUAGCAGGAGUGUUAGUCAUUGCCUUGCCAAUUCCGAUUAUCGUAAACAACUUCUCAGAAUUCUACAAAGAACAGAAAAGACAAGAAAAGGCUAUCAAGAGGCGUGAGGCUCUGGAGCGGGCCAAACGCAAUGGCAGCAUUGUGUCUAUGAAUGUUAGAGAAGCAUUUUCUCGUGGUGCAGAGCUUCAAGAUGUGGUGGUGAUGGAUAAGGGCGAAAGAACCCAGGAAAACCAUCUCUCACCCAGUCGGUGGAAAUGGUCAUCUAAGCAAGCAACGUCUGAGACCAGCUCGAAUCAUUCCUUCAACCCAGACCAAGGUUCCCCAAACAAGGCAGCGGCUUCAAGUCCACAAAGGCUUAACGCACAGAAACUGGAAGAAAUGUACAACCAGAUGGCAAAGACUCAGUCACAACCAAACCUAAACAGUAAAGACAGAUGUAUAUCUCGAGCAGGACAUAGAAGAGAUGAAAUUGAGUUGGGGACUUUGCCGGGUCCAGGAGACCCACUAAAGGGAGGUCUUGAAGGAGUGGUGGACAUGAAAAGUCUAUCAAGCUUCGACAGUUACAUAAGCUGUGCAACAGACUUUCAAGAGAACCCGCGAUUUCCCUACAGUUCAGCCGGGGGCUUGUCCUUCCCAGAGAGCUCUCGUUUCUCCCGCAGCCCUGGUUCUGGCCUCUCUGGUCGAGUCAGUGCUAACCCAAGUCUACAGCCCACCAUGGAGCACAAGACCAUGCUCACACCGCUGUGUUCAGUUUCUAAACCUCCUAACACAGAGGAUUUACGCCAACAAGGCUUGUUCGGAAAUGCUCAUAAAAUGCAUUCAGUUAGGUUGAAUCACCGCAACUGUGUGGAGACGAGCCCCUUGGGUGGUCCUGGGUCUGACAGCUCUAUUCUUUCUGACCACUCCAUCCUAAGUCCUGAGGUGUCGGUAUACACAACAGCCAGCAGCAGGACUCCACCUAAGACACCCGAGAAGAAGGCAUCCACCGGUGCUGUCUUCACUUUUCACGAGGCCUCCAUCAGCAAGUAUAUUGACGCUGACACAGAUGAUGAGGAGCACUUGCGUGAAAGCUGCCCAUCAGAUCGCUUGCUGGGUGGCCUGAGCUCCAAGUCUCGGCUCACCAGUGCUUACCAGGGAGGUACCAACCACUUGGAAGCCGCCCAGAGGCUGUUAGGUCAGAACUGCCUAUUCCCAUUAGGAAGUAGCCCAGGUAAUGCCCACGAGAACCAUACGGCUUCCGAAAACUCAAGGAGACCCAAAGGGGACAGGGGACAUUCCAACAGUUUUGAUAAGGGCCUCUGAGGCCUCAGGGUUGUGAGCUGGACUUCAGAUGGAGUCCAGGAAAGGAAAGAAGGCCAAGUUCAGUCAAGGACAUUGGAGGAAGCAAAGACUAAAGUGCAAUAGAGGAAUAAUUUAACAGGCAUUUGACCAGGGGGCCCACUCUAGUGACUUCAUGCAGGAGAGUUCACUGGAAAACAGAGGUUAUGUUAACUCAUUAAGGAACAGGAUCUUGAGGAUGUAACACUGCCUACACCUCUUGCCCUUUUUGUCUCCUGUAAACAAGCCUGCAUUGGUGGGUCCCUGUGGUAGAAAAAGGCCAGAACUGUCCUGGCGUACAGUUGUUAGUGACAAGAACGGGAUUCAUUCCAAAGCUUACCAUGCUGAAGACUGGACACUUACCGAACAUUAAAGCGUUGAUGUGUACGAAAAAUGGAGGGGGGCGGUCCCUCACUGCCCGUGUCAGCUAGUCACUGUCCAGAGCCCACCUUAAAGUUUAGCAUUAGAGUACAUGUUACACCCUGUUUUCUAGUGCACCCAUCCCUUAUCCCCUAACACACUAGCCUUACUGCAGUUAUGGGUCUGCAUACAGUAUGAGCGGUUGUGUGCAAGAAUGAUAUGAUAUAGGGAGGGCUGAUGGUAUGAUAAUGUGCACGUGUACGUAACUUACAUUCCUGCACACAUACUCGCUCUUCAAAAUAUAUUCACAUAGUUUGUGAUUCUAACUUGCUUUAUUUUUAUAUAGACAAGAAAAUUAUCUCUAGAAAUAACGUUUUGUUUCAUAUUUAUCAGUAUAAGAGUAGAAUGUUAAAUUAGAAGAGACCAAAAUCUGUUUAAUAUUCGCCACCCCCUUGCAUUUAACGCAUCUUUCUUGUAUAGUCAAGAAAUCAUUUUCGUUUAAAAGUAACAGAAGAGGAUACACAUCUUGCAACAUUGCGUUUUAAUGCCCAUGCCUUUCACAUAUGAUCACGUAUAAAAAACAGCACAUGCACAUUGGCAGCCCAAACAGAAGCAACUAUGAGAAAUAUGAAUGGACAACGCAUACCUCUCCCUGUUGUUAAUAGUUAUUGCGAACCUGAAAAAGAGAAACUACUGAAAACUUCAGGUCAAUUCAACACUUCUGUUAGAUUGAACAAUUUCAUAGCAGUUGAUGCUGUAAUACACACAAAUAUUUCUGAAGAAAUGAGAAUAGAUAUAUAUUUCUAAAGUAUUUUCUAGAUGAUCAAAUGACGUGUGGCAGGGGGUCUCAUUCUUUUACAUAGCCAGUGAGAAUGUUUAUUUUGAAAUGCUAAUUUAGUACAAAGUCUUAUGGGACCUUUUGUGCCCUAAAUUGUUAUUCAGGCUCAAAGUACAGUAUGUGACCAAGAUCACUUUGAAAGUAUGAAAACAUUGGUCACUUUUAAUAAAGAGCUCUAUAACACACUAUGUAACGCAUGGCCAUCUUUACAUCAUAGCUCUGAUCCCUUCACACUGCACAAGAUUAUUAUUCUUAAAACAUCCUAAGAUCCUUAUCACAGUUCUGUAACCAUACACAGUCCAGCAUGUAUUCACAGGUAAGAAGACCAUAUCCAGUUUCCAUGGUGACCACAAGCCCUCCCUGCCAGCGCUCAUAUCCAGUUUUAAAAACCAGGAAAGAGGAGGACAAAUUAGUUAAAAAAUGCAUCAGUGCCAACAAAUACGAUCACAGAAAGUCACAAUGUCAGAACGGGCUGGUCACUGAAAAUGUCUAUGUACAUGUGUGUGUUAUUUGGGCGUACAAACUCGGAAGUGUGUAAGCUUCCAUCCUCGUCUCAAAGAUUUAGUGUGAACGGAAUACCAAUUUCUGAGAGGAAGUAUGGUCGUGUCGGUUAGGAAGAGAAACAAAACAGGAAAUUAAAUGUAGCGUCCCUUUUUCUCCUCAAUGUUGAAAAAUUUGUGAUCUUUGUGAUCGGUAGAGAGAGGAAACUGCGUUCAUGAAGAGCUUAGGUCCCCUGCUCUGCUUGUGGUCUUUCAUUUAAUGUGCACAGUACAGCAUCUGAUAUCCUUCAAAGCGGGAGCCCCAUAUCCAUUGCUCUCUUCAACAUUAUCACAAAAAAAAAUCUUAUAUAAGAAAAUUUUAAAUCUUCUGUAUGUGUUAAGCUGUGCCCUGAGGUCAACAUCAACCCUGUUUUUUUGUUAUGAUCAUUGGGUGAAUCUCACAAAGAAAAGUUAACUGCGUUAUUAAAUAGAUCCAUUAUUUCCACGACAAUCAAGCAUCUUUCACAAUUAUAUCCUCAUGUAUAUGUACAAUCUGAUGAUUUUUCUUUUAAUAAUUGUGUUUCUUUGUAAUUCUUCUAUUCUCAAACUUGAUUCACGUUACAGUAGAGUAAUGAAACCGGGAAAAAAAUUAGUUCUUAUUACAGCAACAAGGUGCAAUAUUGUCAUGUAAAUAACCGUCUUUUAUGUAUGUAUGUUAUUUAGAUGAUACAUAUUAUUUCUAUGUAUACAACUGGGAAAAAAUUAAGAGACCAUUUGAAAAUUAUAUUUAAAUGGUAUUUCUAGAUGUAUUGAGGACAUUGCAGUCCAGCGUCUGUGGAAUAAAAAAAAAAAUCUAACCUCAGGAGCGACAUAAAGUCACCCAACAGCAUUGUGAAAGACAUACAGCUUGACAAGACACACAAAAACUGUGAUAAUUAUCACAUAAAAUACAAUUUUUGAACAUUUCCUAAAUACACGUAGACAUAUUACUUAAAUGUGAAUAUGACCUUGUUUUUUUCCAGUAUUUGAGGUACUUUUCUGUUAUUUUCACCUGCUUAUACAGUUUUCAAUUUCAGCAAACAAAUGCAAAAAAAAUUAACAAUAUUUUUAUUUGUAAUUUGGGAGAAAUGUUGUUGGUAGUUCACAGAAUGAAAAAAAUGACCAUUUUACCGAAACACAGACCUAAAUAAAAAAAAAAAGACUGAUUUUGAAAUGGUCUUUUUAUUUAUUUCCACGGCUGUAUAUGGUUUUGUGAGAUUCACUCCCUUUAUAGUCUAUGAUAAUUGGCCAAUCAGAGAUGUAAAAGAUUAGCAUUAUGUUGUGUUAUUGCUGUUCAUCAGUCAUCAAUCUUUCAUGUCCCAUAAGCAACACCCACAGUGCAGUGUGCUUCGAGAACUUACAAAGAUAAGAGUCUAAUAUAUGUGACCCUGGAUCACAAAACCAGUCUUAAGCUGAACGGGAACAUUUUUAGUGAAAGCCAAAAAUAUAUUGUGUGGGUCAAAAUUAUUGAUUUUUCUUUUAUGCCUAAAAUCAUCAGAAUAUUAUGUAAAGAUCAUGUUCCAUGAAGAUAUUAUAUAAAUUUCCUACCUUAAAUAUAUAAUCCUUUAUUUUUGUGAGUGAAUGGCCUGCUACAGUGCCUCUGAUUAACAACUUCAAAGGCCAUUUUCUCAAUAUUUCGAUUUUUUUGGCACCCUCAGAUUCCAGAGUUUCAAACGGUUGCAUUUCCGCCAGAUAUCACCCAAUCCUAACAAUCUAAACAUACAUAGAAAGCAGGUUUAUUCAACUUUCGGAUGGUUUAAAAAUCUCAAUUUCAAAAAAAUUACCCAUAAGACUGGGUUUGUCGUCAAGGGUCACAUUUAUAGUCAUAUAUACUGUAUUUUGGGGAAUUUUUUUAGGCACCAAGCCACAAAUAGUGAUGACAAUCAGUAAUUUGAGUCCAAUGUCAGUGUCUUACUGAAAGAUUUAAUGGCAUUAAAGGUGUGUUGUCUAAAAUACCCCCUCACACAUCAGUACAGGUCAAAAUUCAUCAUAGUUCGUUAAUAAAACCUUUCGAAUUGAAUGGCAUUAUAACGUGUCAAACUGUGACAAACUGACGAUGCUUCCAGCUUCAACAUUGACACGUGCUGAUUUUAACAUGACAUUUCUUCUAAAUUGAUUUUACUUUUAGUUUACAAUCAAAGAUUGAAUUUCGUUUUGAUUUUAUGAUUAUUCAAAGGAUUGUUUUGAUGAGAACGGGUUUGUAUGCAUCUAAUUUGAAAGGGAAAGCACAAUGAGGUGACUUCUUUCAUUUACUGCAUUCCUGUUGUUUUCUUCGGAGGUUGUACAAAAACAGUGACAUAAAACUUAGGGAAGCAUUUCACGAUGAAACGAAAUAACCUGAACAUCCAUACAGAGUUUCCAGGGAAUUAAAAUAAAAUCAGAGAGCACUGUUUACAAUCCCUCCCUCCCUCCUCCCCCUAAAUCUUCUACAAUGUUGUUUGUAGGUCUAAAGGGUGUUUGUUUUGUAAACUUUCUACCUGUUGACUUUCUAUGCCGUCAUUUCUGUACGUGUGUUAUGUUGUUUAAUGCAUGUUGUACUUCUCAAGUUGUAACUUGUUCUGUAUGUGAUUAAAAGGUAAUUCCUUGUCUUGUAUAGGAAAAAGAGCCAAACAUGUGUCAAAAUGUACUGAAAUCAUUUGAUUUCUUUGCAGUAUGAAGAAAAGAUUGCCCUUCUC